AUGACUGACUUACUCAUCUGGUCAGCAGUUUUACCCCUGUGGCAUGACUACAUCAUAAACUGCGACACUGAGAGCCCACCCAAGGGUAGUGAGAACGUACACCGAUUAUGCAAAGGUCUAAGUAAUUAUUUGAGCGGACUACGGUUCCGUCCGGUAAUGCGAGACUCGCCGCCUCAUCUUUCACCAGCAGAAACAACUAAAUAUGAUUUUGCAAAAAACUACAGAAACCUAUACUGCAGCGAUCAACAGAAUGACUUAAGUAAUUGUAUUGGCACUAAAGAAAAUGUGGACAUUAAUAAUUUAAAUGUAAAUAGCCCCAAUUUGGGUAAUAGUGUUAAGAGUAAUGACAUAUGUGAUGAAGAUAUAUUCAUAUUUAAUUCGAGUGAAAAACAUGUGAAUAGUGUACGAAAUAGAAGUAAGAAUAAGUUAGUGUACGAAGGUCCUAAGUUUGGGGACGAUCCAGACAUUGACGUUAUGAGUAAUUUGAACUGGAGAGGGAAGGCAAUCAAAGAAUCUCCCGUGUGGUGUAUGGACUUCUGUAACGAUCUUAUUAUAUUAGGUUGUGCUGAUGGCCGCCUCGAGUUUUGGGAAGCUAGUUCUGGAAAACUCAUGUGUGUUUGGUGGAGUGGAGAGGCGCGGUCGUCUGAGGGCGUUACGCACGGUGCGGGCUCUCGCAGGUGCAAGACGGGUCUGCGCAGCCACUCUCUCGGGACACCUAAGUCUCUUGCGUCUAGACGCUUACAAUGCCACAUCGGGUACGCAAGUUGA